UUGCCUGUGGCCCUGGGCAGGCAUGAGCAGAGGGGCUGGGGCUCCCUGUCCUGCCUUGCUGCCGGCAGGGCCUCCCCCUGCACUGAAGCCCGGUUAAUUAUAACUCUGACCUCAGUGCCCUGUGACGCCAGGCUGGGGCCGGCCCUGCCCAGGACACCCAGCAACCAGAUCCAUGUCUCAGCCAUGCUCCCCGGAAAGGCGCCCCUGUCCCACCUGGGCCCCUCGGGGCUGCUGCUGCUGCAGCUGCUGCUGUCCCCCACGGCUGCCUUCUUCCCCAACAUCUGGAGCCUCCUGGCCGCGCCCGGCUCAUUCACCCACCAGGACCUGACCGAGGAGGCUGCGCUCAACGUCACCCUACAGCUCUUCCUGGAGCAGCCGCCCCCGGGCAGGCCUCCCGUUCGUCUUGAGGAUUUCCUGGGCCGAACCCUCCUCGCCGAUGACCUUUUUGCUGCCUACUUUGGACCUGGGGCUCCUUCCCGGCGGUUCCGAGCAGCCUUAGGCGAGGUGGCUCGUGCCAACGCAGCCCAGGACUUCCUGCCAACUUCCAGGAACGACCCUGACCUGCACUUUGAUGCCGAGAGGCUGGGCCAGGGACGCACUCGCCUUGUGGGAGCUCUGCGGGAGACCCUGGCGGCAGCCAGAGCCCUGGACUAUGCCCUGGCUCGCCAGCGCCUUGGGGCCGCGCUCCACGCCCUGCAGGAUUUCUACAGUCACAGCAACUGGGUGGAACUGGGGGAGCAGCAGCCACACCCUCACCUCCUCUGGCCGUGGCGGGAGCUGCAGAGCCUGGCCCAAGUGGGUGAUCCUACGUGCUCUGACUGCGAGGAGCUGAGCUGUCCUGGGAACUUGCUGGGCGCCACACACCUCACCUCCGGCUACUUUGGAACUGAUCCCCCCAAACCUCCAGGCAAGUGUAGCCACGGAGGCCACUUCGACCAGAGCAGCUCACAGCCCCCCCGGGGAGGCAUCAACAAAGACAGCACGUCGCCGGGCUUCUCCCCGCACCACACGCUGCACGCGCAGGCAGCACAGCUGGCCCUUCUCGCCUCCAUCCAGGCCUUCAGCCUCCUGCGCAGCCGCCUGGGAGACAGCGGUUUCUCCAGGCUGCUGGACAUCACCCCAGCCUCCGGCCUGAGCUUUGUGCUGGACACCACAGGCAGCAUGGGUGAAGAGAUCAACGCCGCCAAGAUCCAGGCUCGCCACAUCGCCGAGCGGCGGCGGGGGAGCCCCAUGGAGCCGGCACACUACAUACUAGUGCCUUUCCACGACCCAGGGUUCGGCCCAGUCUUUACAACCAGUGAUCCUGACAGUUUCUGGAAACAGCUCAAUGAGAUCCACGCUUUAGGGGGUGGAGACGAGCCUGAGAUGUGCCUGUCCGCGCUGGAGCUGGCCCUGCUGCACACGCCUCCACUCUCGGACAUCUUCGUCUUCACGGACGCCUCCCCCAAGGACGCCUUUCUCACCAACCGGGUGGAGUCGCUGACCCGCGAGCGGCGCUGCAGGGUGACGUUCCUGGUGACCGAAGACCCGGCGCGGGUGCAGGGUCGAGCUCGCCGUGAGGUCCUGUCCCCUCUGCGCUUUGAGCCCUAUGAAGCAGUGGCCCUGGCUUCAGGCGGAGAGGUGAUCUUCACCAAGGACCAGCACAUUCAGGACGUGGCGGCCAUUGUUGAGGAGAGCACAGCGGCGCUGGUGACUCUUCCACUGGAACCGCCUGCUGUGGUGCCUGGGAGGCCACUUGUGUUCAGUGUAGACGGGCUGCUCCGGAAAGUCACGGUCAGGAUCCAUGGGGAGGUCAGCAGCUUCCGGAUCAGGAACCCUGAAGGGGUCUUCCAGAGCCAGGAGGAAGGCACGGGCCCUCUAGGUCACACGCGCCGUUUUGGCCAGUUCUGGAUAGUGACCGUGAAUGACCCCCCACGGACAGGGGCCUGGGAGAUCCAGGUCACGGCUGAGGGCACGCCGCCCCGGGUGCGAGUGCAAGCCCAGACUUCCCUGGACUUCCUCUUCCACUUUGGGAUCCCCGUAGAGGACGGGCCCCACCCUGGCCUCUACCCGCUUACCCAGCCGGUGGCAGGCCUGCAGACUCAGCUGCUGGUAGAAGUGACGGGGCUGGGCUCCAGCAGCAAUGCUGAGGGCGCUCGGCCACAUUUCUCCCACGCGCUCCUUCGAGGGGUCCCCGAGGGCACGGAGCUGGGCAGCGUGCGCUUGGAGCCCGUGGGACCCCCACAGCGAGGGCUCCUGGCGGCCGCACUGCCGCCCACGCUGGCGUCCGCCGCCGGAGCCUUCUCUCUGGAGCUGGUGGGCCAGGACGGAGGGGGCCAGGGCCUGCGCAGGGCUGCCCCCCAGCCCUGCACUGUGGCGCCGGUCCUUUUGGAGCUCAGUGGGCCCCCCGACCUCUUGGCUCCGGGUAGCAGAGCACCGCUCAGCCUCCGCGUCGCCAGCUUCUCGGGCCCUCAGGAUCUAGAUCUCAGGACAUCUGUCUACCCCAGCUUCGCCCUCACCUCCAAUCUCUCCAGGGCUCGGCUGGGAGUGAACGAGUCUGCCUGGGGACGCCUGUGGCUGCAGAUCCCAGACUCGGCACCCCCAGACUCCGUGGUGACCGUAACUGCGGCUGCAGUGAGAAGAGAUGGCGGCCCAGGGUCCCCGACCCACGCCUUCCUCAGGCUCCUGGUGCAGGCCAGGGCCCCGCAGGACCAGCUCGCUGCCGGGGCCCAUUCGGCUGACGCUAUCCGCCCCACGGCCACCCCUAGCUUUCAUCCCUCCCCUUGGGGGGUUCAGGGCAGCACUGGGGGAGGGAUAGCGGACAACCCCUGGUGGGGCACGAUCGGAGGGCUGCUGCUCCUGCUAGGAGUGGUCUCCUGGUGACUCCGAAGCCCGGGGAGGGAGGGUCCCCAGCACUGCCCUGUUGCUCGCUAAGGUCCCAUGGGCCUCGGGACCUUGCCUCUCGGCUGGGAUGGAGAUCUCCCCAUGCACUUGGCCCUUUUCCUUCUUAAAAACCACAAGACUGGGGGGGAGAGCAAUGGAUGUUCCCACAAUGCACUUUCCCUGACCCUCACAGGAACCAAACCAAAGACAUUUUGGGGGAAAGCGGCUGCUUCUCUGUAGCAUCUUUAUUCCACCCACUUUUUCUGCUCUCCCAGGCUUAGGAAGAGGGGAGGAUGUAUGGGGAGGUGCCUAGGAUUGGGAGUAAGGUAGAAGGGUGCCAGGAAGUGUGAUAGAAUUGUCUUUAUUUUAAAGUCUAGAGCAGCUUCUAUUUUAUUUUUGUAUUUCAAGUUGAAGGACAGUUUCAAUAAACACAUCUUCU